CAAAAGACUCAUCCCGUUCCUUGGACAGAAUCUUAUUCUAUUGAAAGUGGUUUGGGUAAGCUAAAAGUAGUAAAUGCAGAAAUAGAAACAAAAAGUAAAAAAGAAUUGCAUAAAUUGGAUGUGAGCGGAGCUAUUUGUUUAAAUAUGGAUUUUCCAGAAUUAUUUGGCCAAGCAGCAGCUGCGGAUUUUGUUUUGUCCUUGGCAUAA